AUGGAGUCAGCCAUCGGCGUCCUCAAUGCCAUCAACAUUGCAUACCCCCUCGCGCUUGUUGUAAUCUUUAUGGUGGUUCCUUUCAUCCAAACCAUCGCGUCCUCAAAAUCACGACCCACCACACAUGCCGUCACAGAGGCGCAGCAUUGGCGACUGGGUUGGACAUCGCCGUUGCUUGCCCUCACAUUUGUGGCGGAAGCAAUCCUCUAUCAUGUACAAAGCCGUGCCGAGAGAGGCUACUCUCCAUCCCCAUCCGUGAUUCGCUACGUGCUGGGCUCGUCGCUCGCCUGGUCACUCAUCAGCAUUCUGCUCCUCGAGAGCAAGCAGCCGGCCUGGUCAAAGUACAUCAUUGCUUGGAUGAUUGCUGCGAGUUGCGACAUUGCGCGACUUGUUACGAGCUACACGCCCAAAAAUGCAGUCAGCGGUUGGGACAUGGCUCAUAUUGUGAUUCAGCUCUUGCGCGUUAUUUUCGCCCUCAUGGCAGCAGUGUACGUAGCUGUGGCUUUGAAGCGUACAAGUGCAAAGCAAAUUCCAGCCGACGAAGAGACUCAAUCGUUGUUAAAUGGGCUAGCGACAACCCUGCCGGGUCAGACUUCUGCAGCGUAUGGCGCGUCGCGGUAUCGAGACAAUGAGUCCGACGACGGCAAAGACAGCGAUGACGGCAAUAGCGACAAAGAUGAUAUAACCAGUGACGACGAGGAUAUGAAUGAAGAUGACAAGGAAGAGGAGCGCAUCAAGUUGCUAUCUCAGAAGCGAUUGGAAGAAACAGGCUGGGUGGGCUACCUCAAAGGUUUCAUGAUCUUCCUGCCUCACCUGAUCCCGUACAGAGAUCGCUUUACGCAGCUUUGGCUGCUGGUUCUUUUUGGAUGCAUUGGUGUCGACCGAGUCACAACUUUGUUGAUUCCGAUUCAGCUUGCCAAGAUCGUUGAUGCUCUUACAGCAUACCAAGGGACCGGCCAUAUCCCACUGAAGGAGCUCGCGUUCUAUUUCGUGCUCAAUUUUCCAAUCAAACUCGCGACGCAAAUAGUCGACAACUGUGCUCGGACGCGCGUCUCCCAGUUCUCCAAGUACCAGCUGAACUCGCUGGCCUUUUCUCACGUCAUGAGCCUCUCGAUGGACUACCACACGUCGCGAAGCACUGGCAAAGUCAUCACCGCAAUUGAGCAAGGAACGAAUCUUACCUUUCUAUUCGAUAUUGUUCUUGGAUUCGGCCCUAGAAUGGUCGAUCUCGUCAUCGCUGCUAUUUACAUUUCCAACAAAUUCGACGCGUCGACUGGUGUGGUGAUGCUUAUGGCCACACUCAUCAAUGCAUACGUCACCGCCAAGGGCAACAAGUUCACAGCCGCGGUCGAGCGCAAAUAUGUCAACAGUGACCAGGAAGAGAACAAGGUGCUUUAUGAUGCCAUCAGCAACUGGUACACGGUCGAGAUUCACAAUCGUCGCAAGUUUGAGCACGAGCGCUACAACAGCGCCGUGAUGAAGAGCCUCCUGUCCAUCCGACGCUACUCGGAUGUUAGUGAAAUCGUCUACUCCAUGCAGGAACUGGUUCUUGAGCUUGGCUACAUGAUUCUUCGUCUUCAUUACCUCCUACUGGGGCGUCAUAAGCUAUCCAAUGAUGGCCCUGGCGCAUCAGCUUCACGACACGGCGUCACAGCUCACAAAGAAGGCGCAAAACCUCUGCAGAUUACAAAUUGCGAAAUUGAAUUCAAAGACGUUGCAUUCGGCUACGGCCCGGAGCGGCAAAUCAUUCACGACGUGUCUUUCAAAGUCAAGCCUGGGCAGUCCAUUGCCCUUGUCGGCGAGACCGGCAGCGGCAAGUCCACCAUUCUCAAGCUUCUCUACCGUUUCUACGACGUAACCGAGGGCAGCAUCACCAUUGAUGGGCAGGAUCUGCGCGACGUGACCCUCAACAGCUUACGCGAUAGCCUCGGCGCCGUGCCGCAGGACCCGUCUGUGUUUGACCAGACCAUCAUGGAAAAUCUGCUCUAUGCGCGUCCCUUUGCAACCGAGCAAGAUGUCUUCGAGGCGUGCCGCCUCGCGCGCAUCCACGACCAGAUUCUCUCAUUCCCGGACGGCUAUCGCUCCCGCAUCGGCGAGCGCGGCGUGCGUCUCAGCGGUGGCGAGCUACAGCGGCUCGCCAUUGCGCGCGUGCUCAUCCGCCGCCCGCGUAUUGUCGUACUCGACGAAGCCACCAGCGCCGUCGACUCGGAGACCGAGGCCAGCGUGCAGCUGGCCAUCAAGGCGCUCAGCGAGGGCCGCACCGUAUUUACUAUCGCGCACCGCCUGUCAACUGUCGUGGCGGCAGACAGAAUUCUGGUUGUGCACAAGGGCGCUAUUGUCGAGAGCGGCACACAUCGUGAGCUGCUUGCGCGGGAUGGGCGCUAUGCCAACCUGUGGAGGAUCCAGACGGCGGCGAACAACCAGGCUCUUUUGUAA